ACGAAACGUGUCUCCUCUCAGCAAAGACACACAAACGUGAGACGUACUAGAUAACGGUUUUCUUUUUUCGAUGUUGAAAGUUUUCUUUUUGCCGCCUUAAGACCGCUGCGAUUUUGUACUAUGUAUAUUAAAACAUUCCGCUUUUAAAACGUGAUAUUUAUCCGCCGGGAGCAGCCGACUUCGUUUCUGAAGAGUGUCCGCUUCUCCUCCCCUCGAUGAAGCGCUGCGAUGCCCUCUGAUUUUAUAUCCCUCCUUAGCUCGGAUAUCGACCUCAAUUCCCCCAAAUCUCUAUACUCUAAAGAGUCGGUAUAUGACCUCCUCCCCAAAGAGCUCCAGCUCCACCCGCCGUCCACCCAGACAGACCCAACCACCAUGAGCCAGAAGAGUGGGGGAGAGGCGGGACCUCCCCCCUCUGCAGCCUUGGCAUCAGAUGCCACCUCUUCCACCUCCAGCCCCUCUGCCUCUUCCUCCCUGGCCGUAGGCGUUACAUCCUCUGGCCCCUCUACCUCAUCAUCAGACCAUCUCAAGGUUGCCCAGCAUGUCCACUCCAGCGGAGGAGAUGUUGCUGGAGCGUCAGAGAUGCAAGGUAUGGAGGGUGCCGCCAGCAGAGGCAACAGUGGAGCAAAUGCCACAGUAGGGGAUGUAGGGUCAGGAGGGUUGUCGGGGCUAGGAGUCCAGCAGCCUCAGAACACCCCAUCAAAACGAGGGCCUGCGUUGAGCAUAUCCCCACCACCUGAGGACCUUGAUGACAGCCAGAUGUCUUGCCAAGAGGAACCUACCAUAUCUGGUGCACCAGGUCCAGACUCGGAGCAGAGCAGCAACAUGUGGGCCGAUGAGUCCGUCUCGAACUUCAGUUUGAUCAGCUCAGUCUCCUACAAUGACAAUACAGAGGUACCGCGCAAGUCUAGAAAACGUACUCCUCGCCAGCGGCCUGGACCCAAGCCUGCUCCUCCAGAAGACAGCAUGGAUAUGUUUGAUGCUGACAGCGCCAAAGCCCCUCACUAUGUGCUAUCUCAGCUGGGCACAGAUAAGACCAGUUCCAUAUCAAGCUCUCUCGAGUCAGGAACUGCAGUGAAAGGUGGGUCACUGUCUGCUCAGUUCCCCCAGAGGAGUGAUGGGAAGGAGCUCAAGAUUCUGGUGCAGCCAGAGACCCAGCAUAGAGCUCGCUAUCUGACUGAGGGCAGCAGAGGUUCUGUCAAAGAUCGCACUCAACAGGGAUUCCCCACUGUCAAGUUGGAAGGUGUGAGUGAGCCAGUUGUGCUGCAGGUGUUUGUAGCAAAUGAUGCAGGCAGAGUGAAACCCCACGGUUUCUACCAGGCAUGCAGAGUGACAGGACGCAACACCACUGCUUGCAAAGAGGUGGACAUAGAGGGCACCACAGUUAUUGAGAUUCCUCUGGAGCCCAGCAAUGACAUGACACUUGCGGUGGACUGUGUGGGAAUUCUGAAGCUCCGUAAUGCAGAUGUUGAGGCCCGCAUUGGUGUUGCAGGAUCCAAGAAGAAGAGCACACGAGCGAGGUUGGCCUUCAGAGUCAACAUCCCCCAGCCUGAUGGAUCGGCCCUCAUUUUACAGGUCCCCUCAUCGCCAAUCCUCUGCACCCAGCCAGCAGGAGUGCCAGAGAUCCUGAGAAAGAGUCUCCACAGUUGCUCAGUGAAAGGAGGAGAGGAAGUUUUUAUAAUCGGAAAGAAUUUCCUCAAAGGAACCAAAGUUAUUUUUCAGGAGAACAUUGCAGAUGAUAAUUCCUGGCAAGCCGAGGCAAAGAUUGACAUGGAUCUUUUCCAUCAGAAUCAUUUGAUAGUGACAGUCCCUCCGUUUCACAACCAGUCAAUCACUUCUCCAGUUUCUGUGAGCAUUUUUGUGAUGACCAAUGCUGGUAGAUCGCAUGAACCCCAACCAUUCAUCUACACUCCAGACUCAGCUGAUAACUCAAAUGUGCUGACAGUAAAAACAGAGGGGAUAUCCCUGGUCAAGACCUGCUUAUUUGAUAGCCCGAUCAAAUCUGAACAAACAGAAGGCUCUGACCAGACUUCCAGACGGCAAGAGGACACACCUAUGGAAGUGUCUAGCAAUCCACCAUCCACGGAGGUCUUCAAAACAUCCCCUGACCCUCUCAUCACAGUGCAGCAGACUCUGGAUCUUGGUUCUAGUCCUCAUCCUGGUGGAGAGUCCUUUCAGAGCUCAAUGCCCUUACCAUCAGAAGAUGUGGACCUUCCCCAGGCACCCCCAGUCUUCCCUAGCCUAGAGUCUCUCAGCACGAUUCAAAAGCAGGAAAUUGCCCCAACAACCUCCUUCUCAGUGUCAGGAGACACUACAAUACCCCCUGUGACACCUGAAGUCCCCCAGCAAUUCCUCAGAGACCCUCAGGAAAGCUUGUCUCCUGAGAGUUCCAGUAAUAGUGGAGGGGUCGUGGUUGUGGCCAUGCCACAGAUGGCACCUCCCUCUCAGCCACAGCAGUCCCAGGUUUCCCUUUUUCCCCAGGAAGGGGUUGCUCAGCUGGAAAGGGCAGUAAGGGAGCUGCAGGCAGGAAGUAACACCACGCUCCAGCAGGUGUUGGAAGCAGCAGUAGCACAGCAGCAGCUAAACUCCGUGCUUUAUAGCCCCACACCUUCUGCAGACUCCCUUCAGCAGCAUGUCCAGGAGAACAUGAACAGCCUUAGACUGGGGAGUACAGAUAAUUCACUGUCAGCACAGCAACAGCUACAGAUACAACAACAGGAGCAACAACAACAAAUACAACAGCAGUUUCAACAACAGCAACUGCAGCAACAGCAACAAAUACUUGAAAACCUUCAGCAGCAGCAGCAGCAAGUCAUCAAUAACAUGCAGAUCCAGCAACAACUUAUAUUACAGCCACAAGAGCAACAGCAAUUGCUUCAACAGCAACAACAGCUACAACAAAAUCAGCAACAGCAAGUUCUAAACAAUAUUCAGCUCCAGGAUCAGCAACAACAAAAUCAGAUUCUUACCAAUUUACAACAACAUCAACUACAACAGCAGCAACAACAGCAGCAGCAAAGUCAAGCAUUGAGCAACCUACAACAGCAACAGCAACUGCAAGAACAGCAGCAGGUCUUGGAGAAUUUGCAGCAGCACCUUCAGGCCAGUUCUCUCCUUCAACAGGCUGGAGAACUACUUACCAUCCAGACCAGCUUCCCAACACAACCUCCAUCACAUACAUCUCCCCCACAACAACUCUUCCAGUCACCCAGGCCCCUUGCCGAGACCCAGGGCCCCCAGCAGCAAGUCCAGGCUGCCCUGAUCCAGAAUACACUGACCGUACUCACUAGUGGCAGUCUCAGCUCAGAACAGCAGUCAACAGGAUCAACCCUAUACCUGACCCCAAACCCUCAGCCCCAGCAACAGCAGCAGCAGCAGUUGGCAUUCAUCUCCUCCAUGGAGACAUCUGCCAGCCAAACUCAGCCUGUUUCAAUGUUUCAGAACCAACCGCAAGCUCAGCUUUCUCAAAUGCAGCAACAGAGCACUCCAAUGGAGCAGCAGCAGUCCCCACAGCAGAACCAACAGCAGCCAGCACCGCUUCCAAUGGGCCAGCAGAGUUCCUUAUUUCAGAGUAUCUCCAAUCACUCACAAGGCAACCCUGCACCCCAGCAAACAGGUCUGCUUCUCUGCACCACUGAUCUUAACCCACAGGCUAUCCCCCCUGCUAUACUCUUUAGUACCCAGACCCAAGGCCCUUCUCCUAUGGGGAGUAUGAGCGUUGGAAUCCCCCAGUCAGACACAGCAGAGCCCAUGUCCUUCCAAGACCAGAGCUCUUCGGGCAGCAACUCAGCAUCCACUGAGAACCAACAGCAGAGCCUGUUCCAGGAACAGCAGCCAAUGCAAGUGGGCUCAAGCUCCGUCCCAAGCAAUCCACCUGUGGAGCUGUUUAUACCACAGACAAAUCUGUCCAGCUUGCAGAGUACUAUUGGCUCACAGGAGCUCAACAACCAGCCUCCAGCCCCUGGCACAACCAUCUUUGUGGUGCAGGGAGGUGUGGGUGUGGUAGCCAGCCCUGGUCAGCAGCCCCCAGAGCAGCUUUUCCAGACAGCUGUGGGUGGCAAUGUGGCUUCUCAGGGACAGGCCAGUCUGUUUGUUUUUGGCAUCCAGAAUGACUCAUCCCAGCUGCUUAGUUCUUCUGGACCCAACCAGCCUGCACAGAGCCAAAUCCAGAACCCCAGUCACAUGCAGACUCUGCUGGAUCAACCCAUGGCCCAAGCUGCCUCCACAAUGCCAGCCACCAUGCAUAGCAGCUUACAGAAUACCCUUCAGGCACAAAUGCAGACCAGCCUGGAAAAUGUAAUACAGGCAAACACACAAACAUGCCUUCAGUCCAGUUUACAGGCAAACAUAGAAACAAGCCUGCCAACUCCAAUGCAGACCAGUCUACAGACACAGAUACAGAGCAGCUUACAGAAUCAACUGCAGGCAUCCAUAUCAACAUCGUCCAGCAUGGAUAAAAUUGAGGACCUACUGGAAAGCCUACAGAAGCAGUGAUUUAAUGUUUGGACCAUUGUCAGCACUUAAGGAGGGUGAGUGACUAUGUAUGUAGCUGAGAGUUAUACAUCCUAAAAUCCCCAUACUAAAUGGCAGUGUGUGGCGUUUAGUGCCAAUGCUAAGAAACAAAAAAACAAAAACCCAUUUAAAUAUCUAAGAAUUACAUGCCCUUUUUACUGAAAACCCAAAUUAUGAGCUCAUGUGAUCCAUUUUUAAGAAAUAUUUAUCAUUAAUUGUAGCCUCCAUUUGUCCAUUCUUGAAUUGAUGUAUCCACCUUUGUUAUUACCCCUCUUGCAGGAUCAGAGAGGCCUGUAAUAACUGCUUUAUCCAUCAUUCGCACAAAUGCAGUGUUUGGUUGUCAGUGUUUUUGUUUGUUUUGUUUUUUUUUAAAUAAUGUGAGCCUAAGAAAUGGUCAUAAUGAUGAUGAGGAUAAAAAUGUUUGUUGAAAAGCCAAGAAAGGGAUAAAGAACGUCAGUAACAGAGGAAUGGGAACCGCGUCGUGAUGGACAGUGUUGUGAAAGCGCAGGCAGAGUAGAUAAAAACAGCCAGUUAUGGAAUAUCAGAUUGCACAUAAGUGUCAGAUAAAGGCAGAAGAAUCUCAUUUGAGCGUGUAAACUCCCAAGAUUUAAUUUCGGUUUGAGAAGGUAUGUGUUUUUGGCAUCACUUCAGUUGGAUCGGGAGAUUAGCUGGUGUAAAAAAAACAGGGAUGAAAUCUCAUCACAGUAAUUUGAUUUUAAACUUCUUUUGCUGUGGUGAAUAUGAACAAUCAUGCUGUUAAUCAGACUUUAGAUUUGCAUAUGUCAGCAAAGCCACUGAAAUCCAUUCUAAGAGUCCAGAAUAUUAGACUGUACAGUUCUCCGUAGAAUAAUAUGUUCACAUUUCGGGUAAUAACAUUUACGGGCAUGGGUGAGAGUUUGCACUUGAGCGGUUUAUUAGAGGGAGCACAGUUUAAUAUUGGUAUCAGCACCACAAAAAUGAAAUUAACUUUAUCACAAAAAGUGUGAUAAAGACGUUCUUUUACUGGGAGCACCCUGGUGAGUGGAGGGAAUAUUGCGCACUCUUAAAUGAGAUUCAGUCUGGUGAAUAAUGUGACGCGGCCUUCUCUUGGCACUUCCCAGUGUUUUUGUGUGUGCGGGCCUCAUCACAGAGGUGCAGAUGCUUUCUUGGUGAAAUUUUAAAUAGCAUUCAACUAGUUAGUGUGUUAUCUGUUGCUUUGAAGAAGUUAACUCAGUUCAUUGUGGAUAGAAAAAAAAAAAAACCUUUCCACUAGUGAAAAUGGAGUGUUGUGUGGUUUUAUAACAUUUUAUCUAAAGGCACUUUAUAACCUCUUUUGUGUAACCUGCUAGUCCUUAUAUCCGUCCACAGCUCUCUACUGAUCUAAGAUGAAUUUGUACUCAGAAACAUCCAAUAGGGGAAAGAAAAAUGGAGGGGGGGGGCAAACAAACCGAAAGCAGUUGUCUUUGUACAAAUAAAUACAUCAUAACCAAGCAUUUUUAUAUAUUUUUUUUUCCUCAUGUCAGAAUAUUUUUAAGGUCUAGACAACUUUGUAUAGAACGUCAGUUCACUGUUGAGUCCCUAUUCGUAUUCAGUCUGUGGUCCAGUCAAGUCUGUCCAGAAACAGCCAUUCCCACAAAAGCAUUGUCAUUUUCUUUCAGUGUUUGAGUGGUAACUAGGCCUUUUGUGUUUUAGACACUGACGGCACAUCUGAAAUACUGACUUACUCAUUUAGUUUGUACAUUAUAUGAAGGAUCGUUAUUGUUUUUCUUUUUGUACUAAGUAAAGGCCCCUCACGGUGGCUGUUUACUGUUGUUUGUGUUGUGUUAGAGAUUACGUUUUUGUCUCUGGUGGUAACGCGUGCAGGUUGGCGUCACAUGAAGCUGGCUCCUGUUCCUCGUGUUGUGAACGGGGGCUCACUGGUAGAUGAAAUCUGUUACAUUGAGAUCACCAUUUUUGAUUCUGUCUCUGGUGCUAUCUAGAGGAGUAAUGGGCACUUCUACUGUGAUGUUAGUAUACAAGCUUUAUACUAUCAAUAACACUUGUGAUAGUUUUAGUUUGGAAGCAAGUCGAGUCUGCAGAGCUGGCUGUUGAGGGAACAGAAUAGAGUGCACCGAGGCAUAAAAAUUCCUGCUGUGAAUGGCCACCAUCUUGUCCCCACUGUCGUAAUGUUUACUCAUUGGAUUUGCUCAUUCACAUUAUGCAGCUCUCACACGGCUAACGAUUCAGCAUGUUGUUUUUUACAAGAUUUCUUCUAGUUUUGUGAAGGUACUUGGCUUCAUGGAUCAGUUUCUGUCAUUAAUAUUUCUACCAUUUGACAUUAUUCUAUUUUUGAGCAGAGUGACACUGCUGUAUUUUCCAUAUCUCAACAGUAGGCAAUUUGGCAUUAUCCAAAAAGCAAAGCCAAUUUUUCGAUACUUCAAACAUUAGAAUCGCGUUGCUCACACGUUUGUUUACAUUUUCAUGGUCAUACUCUUAUCUUGCAGCUGUUAGUAAUCCAUUUUAAAAGUAACUUAUCUUUUUUAGAAUUUUGUAUCCGUGUAUCAAAAUGUAGAGUAUUUUUGUAAAACUAAACCUUUUUUUCCUUACUUUUCUUUUCUUCUUUUUUUUUUUGCUCAUAGUAAAGAAUUAUCAUUGCUGGUGGUUUUUUUUUUUUUUUUUUGGUUUGUUUGUUUUUUUUUUCUUCCUGAAAUGAAGCGCAGGUGUAUUGUGAAGUCUGACUGAAAUUAGAAAUGUAAGUGCACAUCAAAUAAAUAUGUUGCUAGUUUAAUUCUACUGUUAUGACAGACUUUUCCCAAACUGUAGAACAUAACGUGAAGUUUUUUGUGUGUGUUUAAUAUUUUCAACUCCUUUUCUUUCUUUCUUUCUUUUUUUUUUUUUUAAACAUCAUGCAUCUCAAAUGGCACUUUGACUCGUCCAUUAGCUGUAAAUCAAGUUAGAGUGCAGUAGCGAUGUUUCCAAGCAUUCCAUCCCUCUCGGUUAAGGGAGCUAAAGAGCACAUGAUGUUGUGGAAGAAGUGCGGAACAGUUUUGCUUCUUAAAGCCAUACCAACACAGAAAGCCAACCUGUGACUUCGGUUUCAUGAAUGUAAAUUUUACCUCAUGUGUGGAAUGGAGCUUGCUCUACAUCUUGACAUUGGACCAAUUCUAGUUUUAGAGAACAUAUAUUUUGAGAUUGAGGGGAUGGGCAAGGCGGCACCAGUUGUCAUUUGUGUCACUGCGCGUUGGUCAAAUUGUUUUUGAUUGCGGUGUAAUUUCAAACCCGACCCUUUUCAUUUCAGUCCGACUUUGUCGAAUGGCCACUUUCACCUGGAAAAAAGAAACUGUGUUGAUUUAAAGGCGUUGAAAAGAGCACACAAAACUUAGCGUACUAUUUUUGUCCUUCAGUCAUGUAAAUGAAUAUCCAUGUAUAUUUAAAUGUGAAAUAUACUGCAGGGGUAUUUUGAAUUUCAAUUGUGAUGCUUUCAACAGAACUUUGUGUGCCUUGAUAACUUAACCGUUGCUCUGCUGUGUUUACUGGUGUCCCUUUUUGUCUCAUUGCGCCUUUUUUAUUCUCUAGGACUGUUUGACAUCCGAAAACUUUUAAGUGACUCCCCACCCCCCAACACGAGCAUAACCGUAAUUUGUUAUACUUUAACAUGUUCUCGAUCCGUUGGCAAGAUAUCAGUGAUUUACUCUCAACAUAAUGUUGUGCGGCUUCACCAGUGAAUUGUCACCUUGUUUGUUGUUUUCGGUCAAAUGUUUUCAUGCCUCAUGAGAUUUGUACAUGUGAGGUAAAAGGACGAGACAGUGAGAUUGUUUUUCUGGAGAAUUUUCUUGUGUUGAUGUGCUUGUCAACAUUACUAUUGUUGCUGUGAACGUUGAUCAAAGGGGCAGACCCAUGAUAAAUUAAAGUUGCCAAUAGUGUGAGCUGUAUCUUGUGUGUAAUCGGUUGCUCACUUUUUCCUAGUUCGCUUAUAUUUCACAUUCUCCAACAGUUCUGUUGUAAUCCGUCUGUGUAGCUUGAGCUGUAGUAUCUAGCCUUAAGACCCUGCAGUAGGGAUAUAAGGUCAAACCUGGCGUGUUAUCAAUACAUCUGAACUAUUAUAACAUGUAAUUUGCCUUUGUCUGGACAUUUGUAUACUCUUUGUUUAUAUCUGUAAUCCUGCUGCCUACAUUAAAUGAAUUUUUAAAAAACUGAAAGUAUCUUGACUUGCUUCUUUUCACCACACUGAAAAGUUUAUAUUCAUCCUUUUAAACAAAUGCUGCACCCAUUCAUACAAAUAAUACAGUAAAUAAAUCUGGCUUCAGUUAUUUACAUGUGGAAAAGCUGUUUAGAGUUUACU